AUGGUUGACAAAAUAAUGAUACAGAGUAAUGAUGCUGUCUUGAAACUUUCACAAUUGACAAACUCCGCGAGUCCGUCUAUCCCCACUGCCACUCCUCGAUUACGUCAACCACAAGUGGAAUUGACUUUGCUGGCACGCACUGGCAGGAUGAACAACGAGCGAUUGAAGCUACAGUAUGGACUUCCUGAUGCUCGUUGUUCACGGCGCAACCAAUCUCCCCAAAAGAAUUCGAGCUCUAGACUACAUGGAAAUUUCAUAUUCUCACGAAUCAUAACAUCAAACACCUCUCUCAAACAGGAAAUAUCCUAG